AUGGCCACAAGUUUGCUGAGACCCCCAGGUAAAGUGAACAGUUUCAUUUUGCGAGCUGUACAGACCGAUCAUGAGCGCAACGUGUUCCAUCACGAUCUCGAUUUGUGCAUUAGAUGGUGGACAGGCAUUGAGAAUAGAUACUUCGAGUUUAAUCCUGCCCCGCCGCGUUUUCCUGUUGUCACCGCACCUCGCUAUUUCCUUUCCAUUUCAUGCAUCUCUGCCAUCUCUGUCUCUGUUGAUGAAGUUGGCAUUGGAAACCAUGACAUUGCAAUUCUCAACGUCCUGGGUGACUUCGAAGUCAACAACAAUGGCUGCCCGGAUAAACCCGACGAGCACCACAAUUUAACCAGGAGCUGCCGGGAACUCAAAGAGAAAUACCACGUGACGAAAGAUGGUGUCCCCAUUCAAACCAGUAAUGGUGAAAUCUACCAAGCCUUCUGUGACAUGACGACGAAUGGAGGAGGUUGGACCCUAAUUGCAAGUGUCCAUGAGAACAAUAUACUUGGGAAAUGCACCAUAGGAGAUCGCUGGUCCAGCCAGCAAGGGAGCAAUGCCAGUUCUCCAGCAGGAGGUAGGUCAUGGUCCAACUAUGCAACGUUUGGUUCACCAGAAGGAGCGACAAGUGAUGACCUGAAGAACUCAGGUUACGGUGACAUAAAGGCUUCAGACAUAUCAAUUUGGCACGUGCCCAAUGACACACCGCUGAACAGCUGGAAAGAUGCAGCAAUCCUCUGCUAUCACAUUGAAACCACCUUCCUUCAACAGUAUGGGGGAAACUUGUGUCAGCUGUUCCAACAACACCCUGUCGAAUACAACAAAGGGAAAGGUCCAGAUGAUAACGGCCCAUUAAGUCGCAUCACUUAUGACUUCGGCAACGAUGAGAAGAUAAAACAGUUGUACGGGCCUUUCAGUCAACGCGAAUUUGAACCAGGAUAUGUGCAAUUCAGGGUAUUCAACAAUGAGAAAGCAGCACUGGCGAUGUGUUCUGGAGUGAAACACAUUGGAUGCAAUUCGGAGCAUGAGUGUAUCGGGGGUGGAGGACACUUUCCGGAGGCAUCGCCCAGGCGGUGUGGAGAUUUCACAGCCUUUGACUGGGAUGGGAUUGGCACACAUCGGUCAUGGAGUGCAUCAGAGGAGAUCACAGAGGCUGCAGUGUUGAUCUUUUACCGUUAA